AAAUUUGAAAAUUAUAUUAUAUUUUGCUUUUAAGUCUUCUGUUGUCAAUAAGUUUUGAAAAAUAGUAAAAAUGGAAAAAUUGUGAUAAUGUGUGUCAUGUUUAAUUUUCCUGAAAGAUAGUUAAUUAAAUAAUGUUAUUCUGUAAAGGUUAUUCAUUGGGUUUAAAUAUUAAUUUAUUGCGACGCAGCCUAAUUUGUUUUCAGGGUCAUCACAUAAAUAGAAAUGAAGGCAACAAGUCAAGUAUUCAUUGUCAAUGUCAAGUCACGGGCCAACAAAGUCGAAAUUUAUUCAACUUUUCUAAGCCCAGUCGUAAAAGGGAAUAUAGUGGAAGACAACUUGUAGGAUAUUCCAUGGAUCAGAUGUUUGAAGUUGUAUCAGAUGUAGAAAAUUACUAUAAAUUUGUUCCAUGGUGUAAACAAUCCAUUGUAUUAAUGCGAGGACCUGGACAUCUUAAAGCAGACUUGAUUGUUGGUUUCCCCCCAAUAAAUGAAAGUUAUACAUCUCAUGUUACCUUAGUAAAACCAUAUUUAGUGAGAGCUGAAUGUAUGGAUGGCAGGUUGUUUAAUCACAUGUUGACUUUAUGGAGAUUCAGUCCUGGAUUAAAAAGAGAACAACAGUCUUGUGUAGUAGAUUUUCAAAUAUCUUUUGAAUUUAGAUCAGCCCUUCAUUCUCAACUGUCAAAUUUAUUUUUUGAUCAAGUUGCUAGACAAAUGGAAGGCGCUUUUAUUCGGGAAGCGGGAAAAAGACACGGCCCUGCUACAAUGCAGCCAAAGAAUUUACUACUUAACAACCAAACUCUGAAAAGUUGACUAUAAUUAUCAAAAUUCAUAGUGAAAUUACAAAAUUUGUAU